CGGGCUGGUUCUCAGUGCGGCGGCGGCGGCUCGGGGGACCGGGGCCUUUUGUUUGGAGCGGCGGCGGCGGCGGUGGCGGCGGGGGGGCCCCGGAGCGGCGAGGCCGGCGGCCUUCCCCUGCUCGCUCGGUCCCGGCCGCCCCUCGCGGGGGUGGGGGGGCCGCCCCCUGGGCCGGGCCUCGCCUCAGGCGCCGCCGCCCCGCCCUUGGCCCGCCCCACCCGGCCCGAGGGGAGGAACCGGCCGGGCCUCCCCGCGCGGCCCAGCCACCGCCGGAGUCGCCGCCACUACCCUCUGCGCGCCGGGCCCGAGCCUGCCUCUCACCCCUCAGGCCGACGCCAUGAAGAUCAAGGAUGCCAAGAAACCCUCUUUCCCAUGGUUUGGCAUGGACAUCGGGGGAACUCUGGUAAAACUCUCAUAUUUUGAACCUAUCGAUAUCACAGCAGAGGAAGAACAAGAAGAAGUUGAGAGCUUAAAAAGCAUCCGGAAAUAUUUGACUUCUAAUGUAGCAUAUGGAUCCACUGGUAUUCGGGAUGUACACCUUGAACUGAAAGAUUUAACACUUUUUGGCCGGAGAGGAAACUUGCACUUUAUCAGAUUUCCAACCCAGGACCUGCCUACUUUUAUCCAAAUGGGAAGAGAUAAAAACUUCUCAACAUUACACACGGUGCUAUGUGCUACAGGAGGUGGUGCUUACAAGUUUGAAAAAGAUUUUCGCACAAUUGGAAACCUCCACCUGCACAAACUGGAUGAACUUGACUGCCUUGUAAAGGGCUUGCUGUAUAUAGAUUCUGUCAGUUUCAAUGGACAAGCAGAGUGCUAUUAUUUUGCUAACGCCUCAGAACCUGAGAGAUGCCAAAAGAUGCCUUUUAAUUUGGACGAUCCCUAUCCACUGCUGGUAGUAAACAUUGGUUCGGGAGUCAGUAUUUUAGCAGUCCAUUCCAAAGACAACUAUAAACGAGUAACUGGGACAAGCCUUGGAGGGGGUACCUUUCUGGGUUUAUGUAGUUUAUUGACUGGCUGUGAAAGUUUUGAAGAGGCUCUUGAAAUGGCAUCCAAAGGGGACAGCACCCAAGCUGACAAGCUGGUCCGUGAUAUUUACGGAGGAGAUUAUGAAAGAUUUGGUCUGCCUGGUUGGGCUGUAGCAUCUAGUUUUGGGAAUAUGAUUUAUAAGGAGAAGCGGGAAUCUGUUAGUAAAGAAGAUCUAGCAAGAGCUACAUUAGUUACUAUCACCAAUAACAUUGGUUCUGUGGCACGAAUGUGCGCUGUUAAUGAGAAAAUAAACAGAGUUGUCUUUGUUGGAAACUUUUUACGUGUCAAUACUCUCUCGAUGAAACUUUUGGCAUAUGCACUGGAUUAUUGGUCAAAAGGUCAACUGAAAGCAUUGUUUCUAGAGCAUGAGGGAUAUUUUGGAGCAGUUGGUGCACUUCUUGGGCUGCCAAAUUUCAGCUAAAGCAUCAGGUUUCUCUCUGCUAAUAAAUGUCAUCCAAGAGGAAUUGAAAACCAGAGGCAUUAUUACUGCAUUGUUUGUCACUGGGAACCAAAGGAUAAAAGAGUAGCACUAUUCCUAUUGAUUUUUAUGUCAAAAUGGUAAGCUGCUAAAUGUUGCCAUAUUAAAAGAGAGCUCCAAUAAUGUGAAGUAUUUCUAAGUGAAAUGCUUUCCCUUCUGUAUAUAGCCAGUGUUAAAAUUCUUAAAUGCAAUACAGCCUCUGAUUAUUGAGCUUCCUCUCAAAAAGAUUUUCUAUUUAUUUUAUGUAGCCAACAUUGCAGUACUGUAUGUUCAAACAUGAAUCUUAAAGUCUCAGAAAUGUUUAGCUCAUGAAAAUAAUUGACUGAAUAUUUGCUACAAGUCUGUUCUGUGUGUGUUUUGGUUACUAGUAAGUGGACAGUAACAUACCCUGUAUCGAAAUUUAUUGAAGUGGCAAUCAAAGAUGAUCAUUUUUAUGUGGUUUUAGAAAUGUUAAGGCAAUAUUAUUCAUUAUUGUUGUUUUCCAAAUAUAUCUUCUCCCAAAAAGCAUGUUUAUGUAAUCUUUCCCCAGAAGUAUAACCUUUUGCAAAUGCCAUAAUUUAAUUGGAUUACAAUUAUUAAAUAUUAGCCUGAAUUUUAAAAUGAAUCCUAGAAAAUGCACAUAAUUGGUGAUACUGCAUUUUUUGUAUUUUGAGUUUAUGAGUACAUUUUAAAAUGUUUUUUAAUUGGAGGCUUACUAAGCUGAAUGUCCCUUCAGUGAGGUCCCAGGACUAUUUGAAUGGAGAAUGGUUUAUGUGUAUCGGUAGGGUUCUGUGCUCUUCUUUCUACAUAUACAACAUUUAUCUUAGGCCCAAAGUUAGCUGUUUGUUUAAUUAAGUCUGAACCAUCAAAGCUAAAGACUGUCUUCUACUGUGAACAGCCGCAAAAUCAUUUAUUCUGAACGGAUGUUAUGGAAAUCUAAAACACAAGUUGUUUUGAAACUGGGAAUUUCAGGCAGUAUUGCAGAAUUACAAAAGGAUCAGUGUCUCUGUACAUUCUGGUAAUAAGAGCAUUAUAGUUCC